AUUUAAAUCCUGUCCUUCCUUAUUCUUUAUCGAAAUGUAGCAAAUUGUGAAGCCUUAUGGAGGAAAUACUCUUACAUUCUAACUUUCCCAUUUUUAUGAUUUUUUAUUUUAUGUGUAAUUGUGGUUUAGAGGAUAAACAAUGGAUAAAGUAGAGUAUGAUUUAGACACAUCUGGUGGUUUAAUGGAGGAGAUACAAAAACUUAUUGCUCCCCCACAAUCAGAAGAAACAAAACGCCGCCUAGCAGCAAAAGAAGCUGCAUUUUUUCGUAGGCCGAAUAGAACUGUCAACAGAGAUAGUUGUGAUGCUUGUAAAGAAGGAGGAGACUUGCUUUGUUGUGAUCAGUGUCCAUCUUCAUUUCAUCUUCAAUGUUGUGAUCCACCACUGGAAGAUGAAGACGUACCCACUGGGGAAUGGAUAUGUAAUGAAUGUAAAUACGGAUUAACGAAAAAGACUGAUUUAAAACAACCGCUGUCUUCAUCUCAAAGUGAAAAAAGUGUUUUUAGUGGUUCCAGUCGCUCUUCAUCACCAGUGGAUAGUGAAUUAGGAAUGAACCCGUUUGAAAAACUUACAUCAUUUUAUCGCAAUAAAAAUCCAACAGAGUUUCAGCUUCCUAUGGGCAUGCAAGAUUUUACUGUCAUGCCAGGUGAUAGAAAACGAAAAACUCCAGUACAGGCUAAAAAGAAAGAGGAUGAUGCACAAAGAUUGUGUUUUGUUUGUUCAAAAUCAAGCAGAAUUGCGAGUCUUGUUAAUUGUGAUUUUUGUCCGUUGGUGUUCCAUCAAGAUUGUUUGACACCACCAUUAGCACAGGAGCCGAUUGGAUUGUGGUUAUGCCCAAAUCAUCCAGAAAAUUUCGAGCCAAAUAUUCGAACGCCAAAGUACAGCAUGCGAACUCAAAUUUUGGAAGAACUACGGUCGAACAUUUCCCAUAAUGCAAUCAAGUUACAGUUUUUCCGGAGAGCUAAAAAGGAACGAAUACUGAUGAACAGGAAGAAUUAUCAGCCAAAGAAACGAAGAACCUGCUUAGUGCCAGAGAUUGUCAAAGCUCAAUAUAGGAAUCCUCCAGCUGUAGUGAUUCCAGAUCAGUAUUUCAAUAAACCUGUGGCGCCACACAUGAAGCCCUUCCAGUUACCGACAGCUGAAGAAAAAGAACAGUGGUUAAAAUCCGUGAUAGAUUUGCAAUGUUCAAUAGCUGGUAAUCUAGAAAAAGCGAAAGCACCUCCUUUACCUACAUCAAAGACGUCUGUGUCAAACUCGACAACAACUUCUACGUCCGGCACAACAGUUGAAUCGACGGCAUCACCAACAACAACGACGACGACGACAAACACCUCUCUUACUACCACCAGCGCAAAGGAUAGCGUCGAAACGACAGAAAAGAGCUCUUUGAAAGUUUCUGACGAAAGCAGAGAAGAAAAUGUAGAGAUGAAAACUCCUGCUGCAAUACCAAUACCUGACAAGAAGUCCGAUACCGUGAAAGAAGCGGACUCAACGUGUAUGGAGGUAGACACUCCAUCAGACAUAACUCAAAUGAAAAUAUCUCCCAAAGAGAGUGUAUCUCCUGCUCCUGCUGCGCAAAAUAACGAAGCCACUUCUACCACAUCCCAGAAAAUCAUCAUUCUUGCUAGUAACUCCACGAAUGUAACCUCUACAGCUGGUGUAACCACGACUUCCUCUGUUGUGUCUAAAGGAGGCUUCGUGAGUACAUCAAGUGGGAUGGUGAAUAAAACGGCCAGCAGUAGCCUGACACCCAAGAUGGCCAGUGUUGCAUCUUCUGGUAGUCAUAUGGUGAGCAGCAUAAGCACUGAGAUUUUAAAAGAUCCCACUCUUUCACAGUUAGAUGAUCGUCUGGUACGUAUUCUUGCAUUCCAAAGGCUGCAACAACUUGUCGAGAAGAAGAGCCAACAAAUUCCUAAAAUUAGCAAGCCAGGGAUAACGGAGAAGAAGAUCCACCUACAAGUCACUGAAACAAAGAACGUAUUAGCAGUAUUGUCGCCCUUAAACGGUGUUGGACCAGCGUGUUAUAUGAGAUACAGAACGUUUAACGCCGGACAAGGCGCCGAUAUGGAUUUGUGUUUAUCAAAUUACGGAUUUUGCAAUUAUAUAUCCGGUAAACACGCUACCAUCUUCUACGAUCAGGAAACUCGACAAUACGAGCUGUUAAACUACUCUGAACAUGGAACGAUUGUUGAUAACGUUCUCUACUCGUGUGAUUUCUCGGAAAAACCGAAACAACACGUGACCUCAAGCAAUGCAAAAUUCGACGCUAAUUCAAAAUAUUUGGACCCUCAGCAAAGAAAAAGAAAACCACCUAUCGGGCGCACUACAAGAGGUCUGGGUACUGAGUUCAUAACUCGUUCUUGUAAUUGUCGCGCUAGUGCCUCUAGUUUAAUUGGUGGUAGUGGUGCAGGAUGGGAAGGUACAGCCGUGUUGCAUCAUGGUAGUUACGUAAAGUUCGGUUGUUUACAUUUUGUGUUCAGUAUUGUUGAUUGUGCAACGAACACCAGCGCUCAAACGAACAGCAAGAUAAAGGCGAUAUCCACACAGAAUGUACAGACGAAUCAACCGGUACUGAUAAAAAAGGAAAUUGCCAUAGUAACGUGAACCUGUUUGAAUGUUCUUAAGUCUAGGGGCGAUGCAAGAUGGCGGAAAAUGAAAUACUCGAAAGACCUAGUAAUUAUUCUAUCAUGAAUGUAUUGUGAAUAACUAUCAUUAUUUCGUAAAAUUCAUCAACAUACAUCGAGUAGCGAACAAAGUGGACACCUACGAGGUGCAAGAAUAAAUGAACUAUGUUAAAUGAUAAAAUAAAAUCUGAAUAGUGAUUGUGCAAACAAAAAAAUAAAAAUAGAAAAAAAUGUACAUUGUUUUUAUAUAUUUUCAUUGUACAUUGACCAAAUAAGUAAGAUGAGGAA